GGAGGAGGACGGAAGCGCUGCUCAGCAUGCAAGAGGGUCGUGUACUGCUCGAGAGACUGCCAGAGGUUGGACUGGGAGAGGCACAAGCAGGAAUGCAAUAAGGAGCAGAUGAAGUGGAGAGCAGGUGGUGGCAGGGAGGAGUCGCUAAAGGAUUGGAAGCGAGAAGAAGGAGAAAUGGCCGUUGAUGCAUUGCAAGACCAUGACUCUCCCUUCUUCCGAUCUUCUCUGCGCGUCGCCAACGUUCCGGGCUCCUCCUCUCCAUCCCCAUCACCACCCGGUUCUCCUCUCACGAGUGGGAUUCGCAUCCUGGCAGACGGGACCCAUCAGAUGUUCGUGGCAGGAAGGAUGUGCGACCGAGACGGUUUCCCCCUCCCCCUGGAGAGCAAGUUGUCGAGGCCCGAAGUGCGCGUCGUCCCUUGUGUGGGGUGCGGUGGGCAGGGGAGGGUGUCCACAACAUGUGACGGGAUAGUGAGAACUGAGUACUGCAGCAAGUGCGAGGGAGAAGGAGCCAUCGUCAUGAGCUAUGGCGCAAUGGAGACGAACAGGUCGGUUGCAUGAGGGUAGGAGGCACAUGAAAUAGACUUGUACACCUU